UAUUGUCCAGUGUCCGGCAGUGCCUUGUGGCUCUCUAUGUUGACGCCAGGGCUGUGCGAGUGGGUGUAUGUGGGUGGAUGAAUAGGAAGAGAUGAGAAGGGGGCCUUGAAUGUUCCUACACCCGCAUCAUCACAGCUUAUUACCCAGAGAAACUCCUUACUGGACUAGAGGUGUUCUGCUCUGCUAGGAACCAAAAUUUGCCUAAAACCCUUUCCAGGAGAUGCAGUGGUGCAAGUGGGCAGGCAACUGGAAAUCUCGCCUACAAGGACAGUCCACAGGAGCCCAGGAAGAGGAUGCCUGUGAGUUCCUCUUUAAAAUCAUCUUCCUUGGAGACAGCAACGUGGGAAAGACUUGUGUUAUCCACAGCUUCAAGUCUGGGGAGUUCAGAGAUAUCCACAGCACUAUUGGUGUAGACUUCACUGUGCAUUCCAUGGAUAUUGAUGGCAAGAAAGUAAAGAUGCAGAUAUGGGACACGGCCGGACAGGAGCGUUUCCGCACCAUCACUCAAAGUUACUAUCGCAGUGCCCAUGGGGCCAUGAUCGCCUAUGACCUGACACGUCGCUCCACCUUUGACUCACUGCCUCAUUGGAUACAGGCUGUAGAGCAAUAUGGAGCUGCCAAUGUAGUCUUCGUUCUUAUAGGUAACAAGUGUGACCUGGCCCCUCAGAGGCAGGUACUCUUCGAAGAUGCCUGUACACUGGCAGAACAGACAGGGGCCUUGGCAGCCUUGGAGACGUCUGCCAAAGAGAACCGCAACGUACAAGAGGCCUUUGAGCUUAUGGCACGGGAGCUAAUAGUGCGAAAUGGAUGCCUGGUUCAUCAGGAAGUCCAAUUAGACCCUCCAAAUCCUCUCCUAUAUUAUGACUCUCACCCAAUAGAUGAAGUGGAGUCUCUAAAGAAGAAGUCAUGUGACUGCUAAAGUUGAGGGACCGUGCCUUUUCAGGAACUUCUUACUACUUGACUGACAUUCACUAAGCCCAUUAACUACAUUAGUACUGGGAAAAGCCAUCGGACAUCUGCAACCAGGAGGAGAAAUGUCUAUAGAUGCACUCCAGUGAUAAAGACUUUGGUACUUUUUGCACGUACUGACAAAAACCAGACUGUCACAUGUUGUAGUCAGUGCACAAGGAAUCAUAUGUGCAGCCACAUUUAACUUAACAUUUAACUUAUAAAUUAACUUAAAUUUCAGUUAUGCUCCUCAUGUUAACACAGGAUGUAAAAUAAAGUGAAAAUUAGAAAAAUGCAA